GGUCGCUGUUUGAUGACGUAUGACGCUCAGUGACCGUGAGCUGUUUGACAUGUUUAACGGAAAGGAAGCGUGCUGACAACAAACAUGAUGAAUAUAGCUGCGUUAGUGAACAGCCUCAGAUGUUCUUUGUUACACAUUGAAAGCAGACUUCUGCAGGCGGCCGGACUGACGUUAGACAGACAACUGGCUCCAGCUCUGGCAGUGAAUGGCCCCAGCCUCCUGCCUCAGCUCGACAGGGAGGAUGAGCUGGAGGAGCAGCAGAGCCCGGAGCAGUCUCCUGGCCUCCUAGACGGCAUCCUGUGGAUGGCAGCACCAAAGAAGAGGCGCACUAUAGAGAUUAACCGCACCAGGAGGAGAGAUGAAACCAAUCUCCUAAAAGUCAAGACCAACAUCGAGCCGUGUCCAGAGUGUGGCCACUUGAAGCAGAAACAUAUCAUGUGUGGCUUUUGUUACGCUAAGGUGUGCAAGGAGACGGCUCUGAUUCGUCAACAGAUGACAGCGAUGGAAGGCGGCCCGCUGAGGGCCCCGACCGUGGAGACUGUCGUCCUGUAUGAGGGUGAAACACCAAGUGAGCUGGACAAAGACAAGAGGAUCGUGGAGCGGGCCAGGAAGAGGCCCGCCUGGUUCAACUAACUGUGCUGAGAUAAUUAUGCUGUGUGUGAUACAUACCUUGAGUUUGUCAAAGGUCACACUGAUUCUUUAUAUGUUGUAGGAAACGGCAAAUUUUGUCCAAUCUGUUAUUCUGUAAAUUAUGAAGGCAAAUGUAUCAGUUUUGUUUCCAUAAAUCAAUUGUUUGAUCGGAACUGAUACCAGGAGCCUUGAUAAAUACUGAAACGUCAGACAUGUUUUCACUUAUCUCGGUCAAAAUACUGUUCUAUAUCCAUGAUGUGUUGGUUUAGGGCUCACACAGACACAAAGUCAUUGGAGAUUUUCAGUAUCAGACAUAGAUUUUUUUUGUCAUUGUUUAAACUAAUAUUUUUGACUGAGAAAAUAUUACUGUAUAUUUGAUUGUUUGACAAUAAAUCCAUUAUUUGAAA